AUGAUCUUACUGUGUGACUUCUCUCACAUUGAGAGUUUGCGCAUUAUACCAAAUAUUCCUUUUAUGCUGAACUCCCCUUUAGUAAACAGCCACUGUUUACAAAAAAAAUCAAUAAAUUAUCCUGUUAACUUUCAGACUCAAGUUCUUUAUGAUCUUUCACUCAAAAUUAAUACACCAAUCUCAACAGAUUGCUCUCCUGCUAAUAUUCUUUGCAUGGAAUCAUUUUCCGAGAUCCACUACAUGGAACAACACUUUAAUGAACCCACUGUCUUGGAUGCCCAAGAUGCGACCGAGGAAAUUCCUUCCUUGAGACGUAGUCGCCUUUCGAGUAGUUCAGACGACUCUUCCGGAGACUCUUUCUCCGAAAAUGAUGAUUCUAACGAUGAAAGAGAUACCAUAAUCCCUACUACAUUUGCCAAUUUGAGUAAUCGUCGACAGGUCUUAUUUUCUUCAGAAUCGGAAUCAGAGUCAGAUACACAUGUUGUCAAUCGUUCUCGCGUAUCUUUGCCUGUGCCAUCAUCAUAUAUGUAUAUGCCAAAACGCCAGAUCGAAGAGGCUGUUCUCGAGAGUAUUACUCACCAACUACACGCUGAUAAACUUCCUGGAAUUCUUACUAUUCUCUCUUCUCAUACCGCAAGUACGACUUCAGAUGAAGUCGAGAUCGAUUUGUCUUGCUUACCUCGAGAUCAACUUGUUCGCGUUCUAAUUUAUGUUGAAGCAUGUAUCGCCGAGCAAAACGGGGGACCUCCUGUGAACAUUGCGGAUUAUAUCAAAGAAGAGCUACACCAGCAUAAUGUAUCAGAUGAUGGAAGUGAUGAAGAAGAGGCUCUUCAUCAGGCAUAUCGAACCCCAAAAAAAUCAAUACGACGAAAGAGGCCCGGGUUAUCUGGUGUAAGCAGAGAUAAUUCCAACACAAACGAUCACUCCUUUGGGCCUUCGGAUGGCCCUAUAUCUAUGGCAAGACUUUCUCAACAAUCAGAUUUACCAAAACGUAAAAGAACUCCACGCAAAAAGGUGACCCAAUCAUGCAAGCGAGAAAAUGAUCAGAAACAGCGUAAAAAUGGCGAUGCAUUAGUAUCAUCUCCGUGUGUAAUCCAAGAUCCAAAUUGUAUUGCAUCUACAAAACCCAAACGAAGGGUGGCCCUUCACAAACGCCGUCUAUUGGAGGAUAUGCUUUUACCUUCAGAUGAAGAAAGUAUCAAUGAAUAUGAAGAUAACGGUGAUAUCGUCGUAUUUAGUGAUGAAAAAAUGGACUUUCAUGUCACAGGCAAUCAGACGAUAACACACCAUUCUUUAGCACCUUCAACAGUACCUUGCAAUAUUGUUCCACCAGUGAUAGAAGAAGAUGCGGAUGAUGUUGAGGAAAUUGACAUUAUGGUGUAG